AUGGGGACCGUGACUUACCGAGAUGGCAUUGCAAUCCUCCAGCUUAUCGCGUUCCCCGUGCUACUAGUUACAGCCCUCGUCAUCUGGAAACGAACUGGCUGGAAGGCUGCGGGCAAAACAUGGCGAUUCGUCAUCUCGCUCUCCCUUAUUCGAAUCAUUGGCAGCAUCUGCGCAUUGUUAACGAUCAAUCACCCCACGGAAAACAUCUACAUUGCCGAGGCAGUAUGCGAGCUUAUCGGCAUUGCGCCUCUGAUGCUGGUCUACGUUGGGCUCUUGCGACAAAUUGACACGGAGCAGAGAAUGCAUCCCAAAUUCUUAGGGGCGGUGGCCCUCGCCUGUUUUGUCGGCCUCAUCCUCGGUAUCGCAGGAAUCAGUAUCACUGAUAACAGCACGGGUACCUUCCACGCAAAUGGAAUUGUCAAGGGAGCCAUGGCAGUUUUCCUGGUUGUAUUUGUUGUGGACCUUGCAAUUACGGGUUGGCUAUACUCCCAGCUUCGCUCAAAGUUGAGCGUCUUCCAGAAGAAGUUGUUCCUUGCAAUUGUUCUUUCCUGGCCCUUCCUAUUGGUUCGUCUGGUAUACUCAGCGAUUGGUGAUUUCGCGGACGAUUCGCGGUUUGCCAUCCUGGUAGGAGAUCCAACUAUCUAUCUGUGCAUGGAUGUCCUGGAGGAAAUUAUUGCCGUGUCUAUUUGUGUGGGAUUCGGAUUGUCGGCUGUGCUUGGAAUGAAACCAAUGCAACAGGCUGGAUACCGUGGAGUGAAGCCAGACUUGAUACCUGGUGAGGUGUGA